GGCAUAUACCCUGUGGCCUGAUCUGCCACCCCGAUAAGGAGCACGUUCUCUAUCCCCUGGGAUGUACUGUGGUUAUUCAAGAGCUGGACAGUAAGAAACAGACUUUCUUGCACGGCCACACCAAUAAUGUCUCCUGCCUCGUCGUGUCCAGGAAUGGGGUGUACGUUGCUUCUGGACAAGUCACUUUUAUGGGCUUCAAGGCAGAAAUCAUUCUGUGGGAUUUCCAGGGAAAGGAGUUACUUGCUCGGCUGUCACUUCACAAGGGCAAAAUCGAAGGAUUAGCAUUUUCUCCAAACAGCCUUUAUCUCGUGUCACUGGGAGGCCAGGACGACGGCAGUGUGGUCGUGUGGCAUGUCGGUAAGAGAGAGGCUGUCUGUGGGAGCCCUGCCUCGGCACGCAGCGCGGGGAGUGCGACCGUCGUGGUGUGCUCCAGCUGCAGAGACGAGAUGUUUGUUACUGCUGGAAAUGGGACCAUUCGAGUAUGGGAACUGGAUCUAGCAAAUAGGAAAAUCCGCCCGACUGAAUGCCAGACGGGGCAACUGAGAAGAGUGAUCACGUGUGCUAAGAUGGCAGAUGAUGAUAAUUAUUUUUAUGUUGGCACAUCAACUGGUGAUGUCCUGAAAGUGAAUACAAACAACAAGCUGAUGACUGACUAUGGGCCCCUGAAGGAGAAGUUUAGCUCGGGAGUCACAGCUUUGCUUUUGCUGAAGAGAGGAGAUUUAAUAGUCGGCACCGGAGGAGGGAUUGUAGCUCUCUGUAAAGGCUCAAACUACAAAGUAAUGAAGAAAAUUCAAGUUCAAGGUGCCGUCACAUCCCUGACAUGUAGAGGUCACGGUCACCAGUUCUUUGUCGGGACAAAUCAGUGCCAGAUUUAUCAAAUUAACUACACUGCGUUUAAAGAGGAGCUGAUCACCACCUGUCAUAACGAAGCCGUCCACGACAUCGUUUUUCCUUUGGAAACUUCCAACUUGUUCGCUACCUGCUCCCAAAAUGAUAUUCGAGUGUGGCACACCCCAGAGAACAGGGAGCUCCUACGAAUCGUCAUCCCCAACGUGACCUGCCAUGCCAUAGAGUUUAUGAGGGACGGCAGGAGCAUCAUUUCAGCUUGGAAUGACGGGAAAAUCCGCGCCUUCACGCCAGAGACUGGACGGCUAAUGUAUGUCAUUAACCACGCCCAUAGCUUGGGAGCGACUGCAAUUGCUGCUACAAGUGACUGUAAACGGAUCAUUAGUGGAGGAGGUGAAGGGCAGGUGAGGGUCUGGGAGAUUGGCAAAAAGACUCAGAAGCUGGAGGAGGUUCUGAAGGAGCACGUAGCUGCUGUGUCCUGCAUUAAGAUUAAGAAGGACGACCGAGAAUGUGUCACAGCCAGCCUUGACGGAACGUGCAUCAUCUGGGAUAUUGUGCGUUUUACAAGAAAACAAAUGAUUCUAGCCAACACGUUGUUCAAAUGUGUGUGUUACCAUCCUGAAGAGUACCAGAUAAUCACCAGUGGAACAGACAGACAGAUUGGAUACUGGGAAGUGUUUGAUGGCUCUGCAAUCAGAGAAGUGGAAGGGUCUGUAUCAGGUUCUAUCAAUGGGAUGGACAUCACAUCAGAUGGGGCGUACUUUGUCACAGGUGGUGAUGACCAUCUGGUGAAACUGUGGGACUAUAACGAGGGUGCAGUGACUCAUGUUGGAGGGGGCCAUGGUGGCCACAUCACCUGCCUCAAGAUCUGCCCUGGGAAGAAGUACAUCGUGAGUGUGAGUGCAGACGGUGCCAUCCUGCUCUGGAAAUACCCAGGCUUGCACUAACAGCUGGCACAGGAGCUGCUAGGCUGCUACUCCCUCAGCCAGUCCUAGCAAUCCUUUUCUCUUACCACUGAGGUUGUUUUAAAGCAUUUGUACUAUUAGAGGAGAUGCUAUUUUU